AUGGACCUCUUCCGCCGCUGGGCCGCAGGAUCAUCCUCCGCGCAAAGCCCGACCGAUCGAGGAACGUACGAGCUUGUUGGGCAACCGGUGACUGGAUCCUCGCGGCGAAUCGUCGCGAAUGAUGCCUUCAAAGAUACUGUGCCUGAAUCCGAGGACUUCGACGGUAAUGCAGUGAAUAAUCCAGUAGGAGAUGGACCGACCGAAGAAGAGUUACGAACGCUACGGAAGGUAGCCGAUCGUCUACCUUGGGCGGCUUUUCUUGUGGCCAUCGUGGAGUUGUGUGAACGAUUCACAUACUAUGGCAUAAGCGGACCCUUCCAGAAUUACAUCUCGAACUCGUAUCAUGACCCAAGCGGAUUGCCUGGAGCUAUCGGCCUGGAUCAGAAAGGAGCUACAGCCCUCACCAACUUCUUCCAAUUUUGGUGCUAUGUUACGCCCAUCCUUGGAGCUGUCAUUGCGGAUUCAUUCCUCGGGAAAUACUGGACGAUCUACUACUUUUCGAUAAUCUAUGCCGUGGGAGUACUCAUACUCUUCCUCACCUCCCUCCCGAUCGCCAUUGAGAACGGGUACGCUCUAGGCGGACUCGUGGCAGCCAUGAUCGUGAUCGGACUCGGGACUGGAGGCAUCAAAAGCAAUGUCUCUCCAAUGAUCGCAGAGCAAUGCAUCACCACCAAGCAGUUCGUUCGCACAACAGCUCGCGGAGAACGAGUCAUCGUCGACCCUGCCCUCACGAUUCAGCGCAUAUACAUGGUCUUCUACAUGUGCAUCAACAUCGGCAGUCUCUCUUCAAUCCUUACCACCAACAUGGAGCUCCACAUCGGCUUUUGGUCUGCCUACCUGCUUUGCUUCUUCACUUUCCUCGCCGGUUUCGCCACUCUGAUCAUGGGCAAGGAGAACUACAUCAUGCACCCUCCCAAAGGCUCGGUCAUCCCGCAAGCCCUCCGUGUAUGCUGGAUUGGGCUCAAAAAUCGGAGUCUGGACGCCGCCAAACCCGAGUACCUUCAUACCACUCCUGGCACCCGCCUCAAUGUCCCAUGGGACGGUGUCUUUGUCGAAGAGGUCCGCCGCGCUCUGUCAGCCUGCAAGGUCUUCCUCUUCUUCCCGGUCUACUGGCUUGUGCAAGGCCAAAUGGUCAACAAUCUCGUGUCUCAGGCCGGACAAAUGCAACUCCACGGCAUACCCAACGAUGUCAUGUCCAACAUCGAUCCUUUGACCAUCAUUGUUUUCAUACCGCUUUGCGACCGCUUUCUUUAUCCUGCCCUUCGCAAAGCUGGCAUUGCAUUCAAGCCCAUAACGAGAAUGUUCGCCGGCUUUGUCUUCGCUGCAGCGGCUAUGGCGUAUGCGGCUUUUGUGCAGAGGGCCAUCUAUAAUGCUGGUCCUUGCUACACCGCACCUUUGGCGUGCGAUGCGGGAAAAUUGCCGGAGGGCAGAUAUCGUCCGAACGAGGUGCAUGUGGCAGCACAGGUGCCGGCGUUUCUGUUCAUUGGUCUGAGCGAGAUCUUUGCGGCCGUAACAGGGCUUGAGUAUGCAUUUACCCAAGCCCCGGCCAGCAUGAAAUCGUUCAUAAUGUCCAUGUUUCUCCUCACCACGGCCUUUGGCGCCGUGAUGGGUGGAAUCAUUAGCCCGCUGGCAGUGGAUCCUACCCUAUUGUGGAUGUAUAUCGGCCUUGCGAUGGUUGCCCUAGUGGCGGGAGUGUUCUUUUGGAGGACUUUCAAGCACUUGAACGACUUCGAGGAUUCAUGA